AGGUGGAGGAGGAGCUGGAGGAGGUGGAGGAGGUGGAGGAGGUGGAGGAGGAGGCAAAGGGGCGGCGGCGGGGGCCGUGGUGGUGCCACGGAGUGUGGCUGAACUGCAGCGAAUUAAGCUGGAAAAGCUGAUGAAGAACCCGGACAAGCCGGUGAACAUCCCUGAGGGCCCACGCUCCUGGGCCCCCAAGGCGCCCCCUGAGUUUGUGCGUGACGUCAUGGGUUCGAGUGCCGGUGCCGGGAGCGGUGAGUUCCACGUCUACCGUCACAUCCGGCGUCGUGAGUACGUCCGGCAGGAGUACCACGAACGGCAGGCGAGCAAGACCAAGCAGGACGAGGACUUUGUGAAGAAGCUGCAGCACAAUAAGCUGAAAGGAGAGAAACAGACAGCGAGGAAGACGCUGAAACGGUGGAAACUAAAACAGAAGAAGUUGGCUGCUAAGGUGGCCAAGGUGGGAGACAACGCUCCCACUCAUCCCAGCGCAGCUUCGUCAUCGUCAUCAUCAGGCGCGGAGAGUGCGGAGGACGAUGCUGAGGAGCCGAGCUUCGUGAUGGGGGCGCGGUGAUGGGAGGAUGGCGGUGGUGGUGGUGAUGGUGAUGGUAGUGAUGGUGGUGGUGAUGGCGGCGAUGAUGGUGGUGAUGAUGAUG